AUGCGCUUCGGACGGUGCACGCGGGUCGUUGAACAGGCCAAGACAGUUUUCGGGUCGCGUGAAUCGGUGGCGAAGGAGAACUCGUUCAAACAACGGCGCGCUGGGACCGCCAACUGGUUACCAAUUGGAAACAACUUCUCAUUUCUUUUACUCGACACUUCUCCUUUCCCGUUUUUGAUCAGACUUUUCUUCCUGCAAUCCGUGAAAUCCACAAAUGAAUUCUCCGUCGAUGACUCAGUUUUUAGUGAAAACGGAUUUCGGAGAGGCUCAGACAUCAGGAGUCAUUUUAAUUUCAUUUUUGAAGCUAUGAGAAUAUUACCUAAAAAAAUUCAUUAAAAAAAUAUGUCUGAAAAAGUGCAAUAGCGCCUACGGCUCACUGAAAUUUCAAUAUGUUCAGUUCAAAAACUCUUUUUUCAGCGUUUCUAGUGACUGAAGUUUUUUUUAAAUUUCAGAAUCGAAAUCGCUUUAAAGGUCAGCUCUUUUCUUUUUUUUCGCAUUUAAUAAGCUUAUAUUUAUCCCGUAUUGGUAUUAUAUAUUUCCAAUCUUUUUUUCAUCAUUCCAUUUCUCAACUUUAGUACCAAAAUGUUUAGAAAUCCGAGUCACGAAAUGCAGGAUGAUUUCAUUAGUCCUGGGCAGUUUUCCGACGAGCUUCUGUCAAAAGCACACAAAAUGAGGUUUUUCAAUAAUCAAAUAAAAAACUGCCCUCCAAAAUUCUACAAAUUUUGAUUUUUUCUUCAAAAAAAAACGUUUUGGUUCAUGAUAAAAAUUCAGUUUUAUAAAGUUUUGGUUCAAAAUGUUAACUCGAAACUGGUUUUUCAGAAAGUCUUUGGACAUUUCUGAGAACAUAGACUCACCGUUUUUCGUGGCCCGUUUCCUGCGAGCAAACAACGGAGAUGAGGAAAAAUCUCGACAACGCAUCCGGGAUUUUCUGACGCAUCGCAAAGUCCUCGGCUACGACAAGGCAUCCGAUUUGGACAUAUUCACCAAGGUUCCGAUCGGGAAACAGUGUUUCGAGGUUGUCCCAUGGUCAGUUCUCUCCAAAAACUUUGUCUUUUGAAGAGAUUUCGAAUAUCGAUGCUGGACUACACGACACGUUCGAAAGACGUUCAUGUUUUUGUACAGAAAAUGGAGGGAACAGAUUUGAAAGAAGUCUCCGUUUUCUUUCUGGGCAUGUUCAGGAAUUCUUUCUUUUAGAUCAUGAAGGUUAUGCCAGCCUCCUACGUGAUACACUCGUACUACAUGUUGCAAGAAAACUUCGGAAGAGUUGUCGCGGCGACAGAAAAGGAAACAGGUAUGCAUCUGCUAUUUUUCAGGUUUUUGAGAAAUUGAAUUAGAGACUUUCUAGAAAUAAUAUGCUCCCUAUCUUUUUCACUCGUAACUCUGUUCAAAAUCAUUUUUAGGGAUUGAAAACUUAAUAUUUGAGCACAGAAAAAUGUUAUAGUCUGGAGAAAAGUAAUACAAUAUUUUCAAUAAGUUCGGAAUGAUGAUUACGAUACAGACUGAAAACGAAUUUUGACCUUGAAAGUUGGACUGAAUCAAAAAUUUGGAUUUUUGCUUUCAAACUCAAAUAACUUUUCUUCACUUUACAAACAGAACAUUUCAUUGAUGAUUUCGACCAAGAAGGAAUCUUUCAAAAGUGCGUUUGAAAAUUAACAGGCUUUUUCCAGGAAGACCAUCCUCAGUGGUGUGCAUUCUCGACUUGAAAGGUCUCAAUCUCUCUGAAUUCAUAAAUCCGCUCUCUGGCCCAGCUCAGGUCGCUCGAUUGGUGGUCAAAGUCUGGUCCGACUAUUUUAGCGAAAAUGUCAGCAGAAAACUAACAACUUAAGGAAACUUUUGUUUUUUAGUUGUGCAAACUUUUGGUUGUGAAUUCACCUGGAAUAAUCUCUUUCAUGUGGACUAUUACAAAACACAUUAUGGAUGCGCAGACGGCAGAAAAACUUGUUUUUCUAGGAAGCACAGAAGAGUUGAAAAAGUACCUCGAAAUAAAGGUCCGUUUGUUUUCGUUUCUACAAUCAUUACCCGGGCAACUUCAGUCGAUCCCCAUGGAAUACGGAGGAGAAUGGCAAGAUAAAAGCGGAUUUGCCGACACCCCUGGAGAUUGUUGCCGGUCGCCUAAGUCGAUUGAGAAGAGCCAUUAUCGAUCGGUGAGUUCGGUUCCUCUUAUUUUCAACCGAACGCCUUGCAGCCAGAAGUCGUUUGGACAGAAAACCAUGUCUCGAAAGUGCCGAGUAGUCAGAGCUUUAGCCUCAAGUCUCACCAAAGCGUCGAAGUUGUCAGGUCUGAAAACUUUUUCUCAUUUGUCGUCAAAACUUUCUGAACCAGAUCAAACGAAACUUUGCAGUCUGCUCUUUCAAUUGAGUUUAUGAUGAGUUACGGAUAAAAAACAAAAUUUAUUGCAUGCGAUUACAAUGCCAACAGCCAAAAAUGAAAAAAAAUGUUGAAGGAAAGCUGCGUCAAAGGGAAGGCUGGUGUGGAGCUUCACUGUGAGCGGCGACGUCGAAUUCGAAGUUGUGAAGCGGGCGUCCGACCAGGAGACUCACGUCUGGCCGAUGAUCACUCUGACGAGUCUCAAAGUGAGUGCCUCGAAGCGUCUGCCAAACGACGGAUCUAAUUAAGCUUCCCGAGUUCGGCGCGAUUUCCGUCGAGGGCGGCGGCACUGAGUAUGUCCUCCGUUUCACCAACCCAACCUCCACAUGGUUUCCUGUUAAGAUCAACCUCGCCGCUGACGUCUUUUCUUGA